AUGUCUCAAUGUGUGUGGGAAUUAGUGAGCAUAGAAAAAUCAUUUAUAAAAGAACGUGAUAAUUGUGAUAUUUAUUUAAAUGAAAAUUCACAUGUUUCAAAAUGUCACAAUUUUAAUGAUACAUAUGUAAGGACAGAAAGAGUAGAUUAUGAUUACUCAGAAGAAUUGUCAAAAAAUUCAAUAAAAAAAAAUGAAAAAAAUAAAUUAAAAUUUGAAAAAAUUAUGAACAAAUUUUUUAUUUCUGAUAUUUCUAAAUAUGUAAGGGCUUACGUCAAAAAAAAUGAUAGUAAUAUACGUAAUGAAAUAGGAAUAACAACAAACAUAAAAACAAAAUCAGAAGAUGAACAAUAUUGGAUAAAUAGCUAUAUAUACAAUUUUAUAAGUCAUUGUUUGACUGUCUACUAUGACUGUAAGCAUUAUAUUGUCAUUACACGAUGUAAUAAUUUAAUACAAAAACUAACUGGAACAGGUGAAGGAUAUUACGGAAUUUAUUUUACAAACGGAAAAAAAAUUGGAGGAUUGGAAAAUUUGUUUAUAAACAUAAAACAGGUAAAACAUAUCAGCUAUACUAUUAUGAAGACAUUACAUACAAAAGCAGAAUCAGAAAAGUCUAUUUCAAAUAAUGAUGAAUCUUGUAGCUUCAUAAAUUUGCUUUAA